CCCCAGGCCGGGCAGAACCCCCCCCCCCAUACACACACACACACACACACACACACACACACACACCCUCCUUGCACCCUGACACCUGGAGCUGCCCCCGGGCAUCUGGCUCUGCUCGCCCCCCGGCCCGGCACCAUGCAGAGCUAUAAGUACGACAAAGCCAUCGUGCCGGACACCAAGAGCGGAGGAGGAGGAGGAGGCCGAGGAGGAGGAGGAGGGCCGGGAGGACCGUCCCCCGGCCGGCCGGGCAGCCGCAGGAUCCUGCUGGCCUGCGUCGACCUCCUCUGCCUCUUUUUAGCCGGACUCCCAUUCCUGGUCAUCGAAACCAACGCGGUCCAGCCCUAUCACCGUGGCUUCUACUGUGGAGACCAGAGCAUCAGGUACCCGCUCAAGACCGGCGAGACCAUCAGCGAUGCUGUGCUCUGCGCCGUUGGCAUCGUCAUCGUCGUCCUCGCCAUCAUCACCGGUGAAUUCUACCACAUCUACUACCUGAAGGCGCCCGGGCCGGGGCCGGGGCUGGGGCCUGGGCCGGGAUCGGGGCAGAACCCAUACGUGUGCGCGCUCUACAAGCAGCUGGGCUGCUUCGCUUUCGGCUGCGCGGUCAGCCAGUCCUUCACCGACAUCGCCAAGGUGGCCGUGGGCCGCCUGCGCCCCCACUUCCUGGACGUGUGUAACCCCGACUUCAGCACCAUCAACUGCUCGCUGGGCUACAUCCAGGACUAUAAGUGCCGCGGACCCCUCGGCAAGGUCCUGGAAGCCAGGAAGUCCUUCUUCUCGGGCCACGCCUCCUUCUCCCUGUACACCAUGCUCUAUCUGGUGCUGUACCUGCAGGCCCGGCUGACAUGGCGAGGAGCACGCCUGCUGCGACCUUUGCUCCAGUUCACCCUGAUCAUGAUGGCCUUCUACACCGGCCUCUCCCGCGUCGCCGACCACAAGCACCACCCCACCGACGUCCUGGCCGGAUUCAUCCAAGGAGCCCUGGUGGCCGGCUGCAUCGUCUUCUUCGUUUCCGACCUCUUCAAAGCCAAGACCACCUUCUCCCUGCCUCCCCCAACCCUGAGGCGGGAGAUUCUCUCGCCCGUGGACAUUAUUGAACGGAAUAAUCACCACAACAUGGUGUAGCCCCCGGCUCGCCCCGCCAGCGCCCCCCCCGCCCCGUCUCAUCCGACAGUAGAAUGUAGGGAAAGACUGGUUUCCAUCCGCCCACCGAGGACGCACCAGGGCCCCUCGCUGUUCGGCGAGUUGGCCGCCGCCCGACCAGGGGGUCCUGAGGGCUGGAGACCCCCGCGGCUUUGAGGUGGCGGGGGGCGGGGUUGAGGUGUUCAUGUUGUAGUGAACACCGGCUCCUGGAGCGAGCACCGAUCCGAGGCCGGGGGUGCCACCCCCCGGCCAGCCGUCCACGCUGACCCCAGAGCUUCUCCAUCUCUGGCCACCGUGUCCCAGGAAGGAAGCAGCCACAAAAUAAGCUUUGACCCUGAGAAUGCCCAAACGGUCUGCGUCCUCCACCCCAUCCCUGUCGGAGGGGAAGGCGGCGGAAAGGGAUCUGUCCAGCAGGACUGGCCCCGGGCCCCCGGUGCCUGGAGGACGCCCCGCAGCCCAAGUGGCCACCCCGGCCGCCCCGAUGGGGAACGCCUCCAGCCCUUGGAGGCCACUGCGUGUCACUCGGCCGGUCCGAGAGGCAGUAGGGUGGCUCCAGGGUGACUCCGGGGUGACCGGAAGGCCAGACGUCAGUCCGGUUCCUCCUCCUCUCCCGACAAGCCCGGCGACCUGGGUGAGUCGAUCGUCCGAGCGGAGUGCCCCGUCAAGAAUCGGCCGGACGCUCGGCGGGUUGGCCGCCGCCCCCUCUCACUGACCACGGCGGGGUGGUCCCGGUCUGCCCCUCUAGGGUCACCCCGAGAGCAACCAGCCAGGCUCACUCUCCCGAAACCUUCCGUCCCCGCCACCCCCCCCCCGACUAUAGCCAGCUAUGACUUUUAUAUAUAUAAAUAUUCUAUAAAUAAUGUAUAAAACAUUAAAAAUUAACUAUGUAAGAUAUUAUUUCCUAAGCCGUUCUAGAUAUAUCCACUACGACCAUCGUGUGUCCUGACCUGUGUCGUUACCUGUCUCUCAAUUCCACUAAAGCCUUGUAGUUCUGUGGUAGUCAUUGUUUUAAAAUGAAAAUAACUGCAGCUACAGCUAGACAAUUGUAUAAAAGAAAAGGUAAAAUCGCCCAUAUUUUUGUAAUGUUUCCUUUUGUAAAGAGAAGAUUAUUCGAAGACUUUUGUAGACUACAAAAUUAAACUUUGUAUCUGCGAAACUAUAGCUGUAUGAAUGUGCUUUUUAAAUAAAAGCUCACAAAGUAACAGAC